GCCAAUCAAAAACUAUUUAUUAUGAAUGCUCCGCUGUUACCAGCUGUUUUCACUAGAGUUCCUAUAUCACGGACCUCUAGCAAACACUUCAGAGUAAACACCGAAACACCACUCUCGUUACGCCUGUCACUCAUGGACAACGUCGCGAUCGCUAAAAUGGCGAGAUAGUGUGUUGACAUUGGCUCGAGUUCUCGUCGAACCCAGGUGUAGGGAGACCUUAAAUCCGUCAGUCAGUGAUCGCUCGAGAAUCGUGCUCGCGGAAAACAAUGCACUCGGUUAGCUUCAGUUUGCCAAGUUCUACGGACGUGAGUGACGUCCCGACGUUAAUUAAGCGAGACCCGGACUGUAGAACAGUCGAUGUUGGCGAGUCGUAUGGCGAGACCGAGGGUCUACGUAUCCUCGAUGAAUUCCGCAAAUUGUAUGAGACCCGCAUCGAAAAGAUCGAUCAGGAAUGUAUCGGUGAUUCCGACCGAGUCUCUAUGAAGUUACAAGUGAUGAGCGAUUGGAUCAAAGAUUUAGGAGAGCAAAAUACGAUGUUAGUGCAUACAGUGGAAGAUUUGGAGCAGGCUGCGUGUAGUAGAGUUAAGUUACUAGAGGAGAAACUAAAACAAUCGUCGCAAAUAGUCGUGGAUAAUUUAACAAGAUCUGAUCAUUCGGAAAAGGCUUUGAAUACUCUUUCAAAUCGCGUCAAUAAGCUAGAAAAGGACGAAGAGUAUUUACAACAAAAAAUAGAGUAUCUACAAAGUGACAUUAGGGGAUUAUUAGAGGUGAUUCGUCGUGCACGUCAGCAAAACGUUUGGAGCCUUGAGGGUAUCAAGUUCUUUGAAAUUCAACCUGAGGAUAUUCUAGUUCCAGACUGUAUCUGCAAUCAGGAGCAGACAGAUACUGAUCAUAUAAAAUCCUUGAAUCUGCAAAUAGAACAACUUCAGGAAAAUGAUAAAAAAAAGAUUAGAUCUCAGUUGGAACUGGAAGGAAAAAUAGCAGAUCUUACAACAGAAUUAUCAAUAAAAGAGGAUAUUAUAAAAAAAUAUGUUUCUAAACUUCAGUGUUUUUGUGAAAAACUUAAGGAACAUGCUAAACAAACGAAUCAAGUUAUUAGUUAUCCAUUAGCUUUUGAUCAAGAUUGCAAUAUUAUCUUAACACCUGACAUUCUGGAAAGUGUACUAGAUGCGAAAGAUAGGGAAAACAAGAAUUUACAGCGACAACUACAAGAUGUUGAAUCUAAACUUAUGGUAUAUACUUACGAAAACAAUGUUGAUUCAAUUAAUCUACAAUUACAACUGGAAGAAAAAUGUAAGAAAGUUCAACAACUGGAGGACAAAGUGGCUCGCCUCGAAAAAGAAGCUGCAGAAACAAAAAACACGCUGACGGCGGAAAUCGUGGCAUUGGAAAAACAAAAUUAUCAUGCUAAUAUGGGUAAUCUUUUAAAGGACGACUUGAUUAAAGAAAUGCGUAAAGGAUUGAAGCAAACAACUUUAGAGGAUACGUCUUCUCGAAAAGUCUGUAUUGAUAUGAAUAAUUCUCAGGAAUUUAUAUCAUUCCUAAAUAAUACAAAAACACAUGUACAGAAAGAAUGUGAAAUCUUAUCGGAUUUAAAGCUCGAAUUUGGGAAAUUUGUAAAUAAAUUGACCACCAAAGAUGAGGUGGAUGAUUGUACUAUAGCUAACAAUUACACAAAUAAAAACAAACUUUGUGCAAGUGACAUGUCAGACAAAUUGGUCAAUUGCAUUGAAAUUAUUACUAAAAUAUAUUUAGAAAGACAAAAGGAAAUUACUGUUUUUGAUUGUAUGAUAAAGAAAGAAGAAAAUCGUUGUGCAUGUGGUGAUUCUAAGAAUAUUAAAUCAAACGUGAAUAAUGCACGGCAAUUUAAAUUAAUGGAAGAAUUUAGAAUCUGUACUGUGGAAGCUCAAGCAGCAACAGAAGACAUUCGCGAGGAGAUAAGCACCGUUGUUUCAACAUUUAAUUCACGACACCAGAAUUAUGAAGAAUUGAGCAAGAUGGUUACUAAUGUGCAAAGUUACUUGACAAGAACACGAGAAGGAUUAAUAGAAGCAAUUAGCAGACUAGAAUUACAAGAGGAGGAAAGACUAAGACACAGCGAAAGAAUCGUGAGUGGCAAUCUUAAACUGAAGGAUAUAAAAAAUGAAAUUAAUCAUGUUCAAUCAGAAUUGUCUCGUUGCAUUAAUGGUAUGCAAGGGAAUAUACAGGGAUAUAAUGAAUCCGAAUAUACAGAAGCAUACAUCAACAAUGAUUUACUAACUAUGGUAAUGGAAGAAGUUGAACAAAUAUUGACAAAUUUGCAAUUAUUUCAAACUCAGGGAGGUUGUGUGACGUCAAUACUAAAAGGAUUAAGAAGUCAACUGUGUACUAUAGAUAGCUCUUUAAAGGAUUUACAGAAAAAAACCGGUGAAGUGCUAUUGAACAAUGAAAUCGCAAAAACGACGUUCUGUGAAAGGGAAUGCAGGUUGGCUAAAUUCGAAGAAGAAGUCGAUUGUGCACAUACAAAAAUGCAAGAUGUGUUGGAAACAUUUCUUUCCACAAAACAAGAAGAAAAGGAGCAAUUUUCUCGUUAUACUUACGAUAAUCAGGAAGUAAAUGACAUAAUAAAAACGAAAGAAGAUUUACAUAAAUUAAGAAAGGAAUACGAUGAUCUAAAACUCAACAUGAUCCAGCAAACAUGUCAAAUGAAAUAUGAUGAAAGAUUAAAUAAAUGGAAAAAUCGUAUGACUGAUUUAGAAGACCAAAUUCGAAUGUUGCAACAUGAGGCAAAAUGCAAACAAGAAGCAAUUAAUUUUUUAAAGAAUAAUAUUCAAUCUAUAGAAAAGGAACUAAUAGCUGCACGAAUAAAGGCAGAAAAUUAUAGACAAUGUCAUAGCAAAGAUAAUAUGGAAUUGAAAAAGAAGAUAAUAGAAUUAGAAAAUAUUAUCAAAACGCAAAAAGAAGUAGAAAAUGAUCUUAAGAAAAAUUUGAAUAAUGUAGCAAAUAUUAAGAAAUCUGCAGAAUUCUCAAAUGCUUUUCAUACGGAAUGCGGCACAGAAGCAACACUUUUACGUUGCGAUUAUCCGUCCAAACAUGAGAAUAUAUCUCACUUGUUCAAAACUGUGCAAGAUGUUGUGCAAUCUGCAAAAGUAGCAGUACAAGACUUUGAAAGUGAACUUAAAAAAUUGAUACGUGAUGAAUCUUCUCUCUCCUCUGUUUCGGCAAAAUCUGCUAUGACUUUAACCGAUUUGUUAGGAAAAUGUAGAGAAAAAUUGGAUACUUGCUUUCACGAAUUAAGCAAACUUAAAAGUGCUGUAUAUUCUAAAGAAAAACUUUUAGAAAAUAUGGAAGAAGUCGUACGGAUACAACGAAAUUCAUUGACAAUGAGCCAAGCAGAAGUAAAAGAUCUGCAUCAAAAGUUGCAAGAAAAGAUAGAUAAACAAAGCCUUACAAUCGCGCAAUAUGAGAGAGAAAAGAAUGAAUUGUUGAAGCAGAAUGAACUUCAAAUACAAACUAUCGGGCAUUUACAAAAUGCUGUUGUUGAAGCUAAACGAAAUUUGGAUCAAAUGGCUCAUAAGACGAUAAGUGAUCUUGGUAAGAAGGAUGAAAUUAUACGUCAACUAAUGAUGCGUAUCGAUGAAACGCAAGAUCAAUAUAACGAAUGUUUCACAGAGGCAACUAAUCAAGACAUACUACUGGACUUGCAACGAGAUGCUAUUGAAAGUCUGCAUAAAAGGAUUCGUUGUGUGGAGUAUAAUAAACGUUUAAUCGCUAUUACGUUACAUGCAAUGUAUUAUUCAAUUUUAAGCGAAAUACAGAAGCAAAUACGCGAUCAUGUAAAGAAUUUCCGAGAACUGAAAGAAAAGGUAAAUAAAUGCACAAACAGAUCGUGCGCAAUAUAUCUUGAAGACAAAAAUUGCGAUACUCAAGAUUUGGAGUAUUCGAAUAGCACCGCAUAUGGAAUAUCACACAUGGAAAAACGUUCUGCUAAAGAAGCAGAAAUGAAGAAUAUCACUCAGAUACAAGAAUUAAAAGCAGAAUUACAAAAGGUAAAAGAUACAGAGUGCGAUUUAAAAUACGAAAAUCAGCAACUUCAAACUAAUCUACAGCAUCACAUAUCAGAAACUGACAGCCUGAUGAAGAAAAUAGAGCAAAAGGAAACUGAAUAUGAAGAACUUUUGUUGAAAUUAGAAAAUGAGAAAAAAGAGAUCAAUAUGUUAAACGAUCGAGUUAUGAAUAGCGAAGAAAUUAUUAAAAAUCAAUCUCACGAAGUUGAAAAUCUUAGGAAAAAAUUACUCAUGAAUGAUCAACAAACGGAAAAUUUAUCCGAAUUGAAUAUAUCAGAACAUGAGAUGCUGACUGUUCUAUGUGAUCGAAUAUAUUCUCUGAAAAUUUUAUUACAAGAGAAAUCGGAAAACAUGGUAAAAUUGCAAGCCGAUUAUGAAUUACUUAAGAAUGAAAAUUCUAUAUUAACGAAUCAAAAUGACAUUAUACAAGCUCAAAUCAAAGAAGAUACUUUACAAUUGAAAGAAAAGCUGAAAGAGGCACGGAUAAAAUUGCGCCAGACAGAAGACAAUUGUCAUCAAAUGGCUGAAGAGUUCAAUAAAGUUCAAGAACAAUUAAUAUCUACAACAAAACGAGAAGCUGAAUUACAAGAAUCAUUAACGAUUAUGGAAAAAGAUCAUCGUUCUAAGAUUGAAGAAGUAGAAAAUGAAGUAGUCCGUUUUCGUGAUUUAGUGGACAAACUAAGUGAAGAAUUGGAAGAGACCAAAAAGACAUUAGCAUUGAAAAAUAUCGAUCUUUGUCAAGCGCAAGAUAAAUGCAAGAAUUACGCUGAUCAUUUGGACACUACGCGUCAAGAUCUUGAAAGAGAAAAAGAGGAAUUAACAAAGGUCGAAAAUGUAAAUCAUGACUUGAUUCAACAAUUGCAGGAAUACAUGAAAGAGAAUUACCAUCUUGACCGACAGAAAAUUUCACUUGAACAAGAUAAUUCUACGUACAUAAUUGAGUUACAAGAUAUGCGUAAAUCUUUGCACGAGUUAAAAAAAGAAUGUCACUUGAAGGACCAAUCUUUAACAAACAUGUCAGCUGAUUUAACUGACACAGCAAUGAGUAGAUCAAAACUCUGCAAAGAAUCUCAAUAUAUAGUUUCAUGCAUCCGUGACUGUAUGGAGCAACAGAAAAAAUACAAUAAAACUCUAUCGAAAAAGUUGAAAAAUAAACAACAACUUAUAAUGCAGCUUGUAUUCGAGAAAAAAACUUUAUUAAUUAAAAUCCGGAAGAUGAAACGAAUUAAUUUAUUAGCGCAAAAACUAAAAAGAACGCAUAAAUUAGCUAGCAGAAGUUGUAGAAAAGCGUAUAUUAACGGAUAUAUAUCACCGUCAAUUACGUAUCAGACUACGGAUACUGAUUUAGCUUCAAGUUUUAACUGUACAAAUUCACGAAAGAAAUAUUCAACGAAACCAAUCAAGAUUGGUCGACGUACAUCAACAUGUGGCAAUUCAUGGUGGUUUCCCAAAAUGGAACAUUUAAUAAAUGAGGUUCGAAAAAAUAAUCGAUGGUGGAAUGAAAAUUUUAAGAAUGGAACAGAAUCUGACACUUCAUUGGAAGACAAUCGCGAUUACGGUUAUCAAUCUUCUUCUACAAGCAAAUGAAGGAGACUCAUGGGGGAUUUAUUUUGAUAAAGACUGAAGAAAAGGUGUGAAAUAGAAAUUUGAAGUAUGAAUACGGAAUGCAGAAAUUUAAAACGUGA